AUGUCUCUCAUUCUUCUUCAUGUCUUGGGAAUGGCAGCAAGAAACUAUGCCAUCCUGCUAAACUCGUCCAGAGGCUUCUACAACUACAGGCACAUGGCAAAUGUAUAUGUUUUCUACAAUGUCCUGAGGCAGAAUGGAUUUGAAGACGACCAGAUUCUUAUUGUUUCGUACGAGAACCAGAUACAAGACAUAAGAAACAGUGACCGGGGAGGCGUGUACAUAGACGAGGAUAGUAAGAUCCCGUACUCUGCCUUCAGCCCGACCAGCAAUGUCCUUGAGGAACUCCUAAAUGCCAUUUCAGGGAACAACGCUAAGCUGAAGGAUGCAGACGAGUCCUCGAACAUCUUUAUUUAUCUCAAUGGGCAUGGGAACGAAGCGUUCCUGAAGUUCGGGAACAUUCACUUCAUGACUAGAGACGACCUGAUGCCAAGGAUAUCCAAACUAGCUGCCCGGGUCAACAAGAUCCUGCUUGUGAUUGACACGUGCCAGGCAGACGCCCUGGUUGACAGGAGUGCGCUGCCCAGGAAUGUCCUUGUGGUGGCGACAAGCAAGAUAGGGCAGCCGGCGAUCUCCUCGUUCAGCUCGUCGCUCAUUUGCGCAAAUGUCAUCGACAACUUCCCGUACUUCUUUUUCAAAAGGUUUGGAAAGGGGAUCGGCAGGAAGGUUAGGCUUAUGGAUCUACUUGCAGAGCUCAACAAGGAACCUCUUGGGUCUGAGCUUGUCUUUGAUGAGAGGAAAGACUUUGUCUUUGAAGACUUCUUUGUGCAGAACAGCGCCUUGGAGCUCCUUCCAUUCAGGGAAGCGUAG